AUGGAAAGAGUAUAUAAUGAACGAAACAAUAUUUUCAUUGAUAGAAAUGGUAAAUUGUUUGAAUAUCUAAGAAAUGAUAAACUGCUGAAAAGAAUACAUGACGACAAGGAAUUACUGGAAGAUUUAUUAACGGAAGCAGAAUUCUUUGGAAUCAAUAAACUUGUCAACGAUAUCAAAUCUCUAAUCGAUCCAGGAAUUGAAAAGAUACAUUAUCAUGUGGUUACAACUGGUAUUGAAUCUCUUACUUAUUAUCGAUGCCCUCAUGGUCAUGAUCCUGAACGAAUUGGUGAAGGUCGUUAUUCUAGUUCUAAUUGUAGACAUACAUCUGUUGAAUUAGUAGAAGAUAAUGUUUAUUUUAUUUUAAGUAACAACUAA